UGAUGCCUUUUCCUAAAACUCUUCAUUCCUGAGUUGUACACAACAAGGGAAGCAUCUGCCUGUGUGGUGUGUUUGUAUAUCUAGUAUUAAUGUUCACUCAUGGAUCUUUUCAAGCGAUUCCCUUUAAAAUUAACUAUUUUGUUGAGACAUCCAGACAAAUGCAUCUUGCAGUUGUACCUGCUUGUUGUUGAUAUUAUUCCUAUUAUAGGGGUAUGCAAAUCUGAGAGAAAAUGCUGUCAUUACUUUAGAUGUGAGCAGAUUUUAGUUACAGGCUGAUAGGCAUCCUUUAGCAACUUCAAUCCCAUUAUAAUUGUACAAGAAAGAAUCUCAACGUCCAACCACCUUGUACUUCAAUUUCGAAUGAAUGGUGCGGAAUACUUCUUAAUGGCUGAUGUUCACAAGGAGAAGAAUCACGUGAUGUAUGAAGGCAAACACAUACACUUCUCAGAGGUCGAUAACAAGCCAUUGUGCUCCUACAGUCCCAAGCUCUGCAAACAGCGCCGACUCAACGGCUACGCUUUCUGCAUUCGCCACGUUCUGGAGGACAAGACUGCUCCUUUCAAGCAAUGUGAAUUUGUAGCCAAGUACAACAGCCAGCGGUGCACGAAUCCCAUCCCAAAAUCUGAAGACCGAAGAUACUGCAACAGCCACUUGCAAGUCCUUGGUUUGGUGCCCAAAAAGGAGAGGAAGAAAAAGAAUGAGCAGUUAGAGGAGGUGCGUCCCAGAUUCCACCCUGAUGCUACCAUGGCAGUCAGCCUGGCAGUGCCCUCGCUGGCCUUGAAGGCAGCAAAUGGUCUGGAUGGGCCAACACGAUCCCCGCAGCGGCCCCGACUGACGCUUCAGUACCUGGAGCAUGAGCUCGAUGAUCCAUUCGCUUUCCCCGACGAUGACGACUACGUGCUGCGGAAAGGGACCGUCAAACGGAAGCUUCAGACCAAACUGGCUCAGAACCGGCAGCAGCAACGACUGCUGCGAGAGCCUGAGACUUUCAGACUGCAAUCAGAGCACUUUAUCCCACAUACUGCACCAUCACGGCUGCUGUACCCUGGCACUCCCCCUCUCUCAAGUCCCCCCCAACCCGCUGGACUGCCACAGGGCCUGCUAUGCAAACCCCCUCCGCCUCCACCCCCAGCUCCCAGCUUGCCGCAAGCAUCAACCCACAGCAUCGUUACGACAACGCCAGCCUCGCAUUCGCCAAAUGGAAAGGCCCACCAGUCUGCCUCACCGCUACAGCAGACGCCACCCCCAGCACAGCCAACUGCGACCCUACCGCCGCCUGUCACCAUGGCAACAGACUCUCCCCGGCCUGAUGUGGUUGUCCUCAAGGCUUCAAAAUCCACACCAGUCUGCAGGCAGCGGUCAGCCUGUAGGAGCAGGCUACAGAGACUAGCAAAGCUCUGUGCUGAAAAGCAGCUGUUGCACCGGGAUCUCUUCCCACAUCUAGGGCUAGACUGGUCUGAGGACAGCGAGGAGGAGGAAGAGGAAGAUGAACGUAUGCCUCCUUGCCAGUUUGCGUGGACGUUGCGGGACAAGUGGUCAGCUAUUCGUCCCGACUUGGAAGAUGAGGGGCCGAGUACAAGGAGUUUGAGAAUGACACGCCACUGCACUUAUCUGCAGCACAGAUAUGUGCAGCUCUGUCGAGUGGAGCGAGCAGCGGCCCGCCAGCAGAGGUGUCGGCAUGCCUUUCGGAAAGCACUACUGCAAGCAGCCAGCAAGGAGCCAGACUCCGCCGGGCAGUUGCUUUGGGAACUCCGAGCGGCAGCCCCCACGCAGACCAGCACGAAGCAGCCAGAUCACAGAAUAGUGGAACCAGCACUGUGUACAGGAACCAUCAAGGGCCAACAUUGCCCCAACAUGUCUCUUCCAUACACCAGGCACUGUUUUCAACAUAUCCUGUUGAGUCGCUCCCAACAGCUAUUCUCGAGCUGCACAGCCAAGUUCGCAGAUGGGCAGCAGUGCUCCGUACCAGUGUUUGAUAUCACGCACCAGACGCCACUUUGUGAAGAACAUGCAAAGAAAAUGGAUAAUUUCUUGCGAGGGGACAACAAUCGGAAAGUCCAGCAACAGCGGAAACCCAGGAAGAAAACUAAGCCUCCAGCACUUACCAAAAAACACAAGAAGAAGCGACGGAGAGGCCCACGGCGGCCUCAGAAACCCAUUCCUCCAGCAGUGCCCCAAGGCAAUCUUUCUAUGCCUGCUAGUCUGGGAGUGUCAGUCUCAGCCUCCCAUGUACGGAACUCCUCGACUCCAGAACUCAGUGCUGAUGAAAUUCCUGACGACAUCACCAAUGAGAUCACCGAUAUGCCAAAUGACCUGGAACUGAAUCAGGAAGAGUUGGCAGAGGUUCUUCAACGAUUGCCUGAUGAUCUGCAGGACUUCGACCUCUUUGAAGGUAAGAAUGGUGAACUGCUGCCAACUACAGAGGAAGCAGAGGAGCUGGAGCGGGCGCUGGAGGCGGUGACCUCGUAUGCUGCCUCGUUGGAAUGCCUGAGCUCCAUUGGUGAACUGGCGCACACAGACGGAGACGGUGACCAGGAGCUUACGGGCAGAGGGAUGGGCGUGUUUGCUGCCGCAGCCGCAGCAGGAAUGCCAGCCCUCAGCAGAGCGGUCAACAAUGAACUGGGAGACCUCCUCAACGGCCGCAUCUCCACGGAGAACUUCUCCAGCCUGGAGCUGGAUGAGAACCUCCUCCAUCACCCGUCUGCACUGUCCAGUCCGGCUGGCUCCCUAGGGAGUCAGGCCCAGGGCACCUACCCUUCCCCUUCCGAUGUGGGCCUCUCAUCUGCCACUUUGGUCAACCAGAGUGGGGGGCUGACCGAGCGAGGCCACCAGUCACACUUCUCCAGCCUCCGGGGUGAUGCCAGCCAUAGUUCGCCCAGGGGCCACCUGCUGGGCAAAGCCGACGAGCUGAUCUCACCCCGGCCUCACUACGGCAGCGAGCACUCUCGCUCGUCUCCAUACAGCAGUGAGCACGUGCCAUCACCCUACAGUGACAAUGCCACCCCUCCACCCCGGCCCCUGCCCUACCCUGGGGAUAGCCUCAACAUCCCUGCCACCACCACAGUCGCCCCUGCCCCGUACCCCCCAGAUGUGACGCUGCUUCCUGCCCAUGUCCUGCCAGCCCAGCUAGUCAGCCCCCGGCCCCAGUGGGGUACCAUCAGCCUGAGUGACCCCGCCACCUUCAGCGGCCUGAUUUCCUCUGGGGCUGAGGGCCAUUUGCUCUCCACCUCCCUCUCCACUCCUCUAUCCACGCCUCAUUCACCCUCCACACAUACGGCCUUCUCCAGCGCCACACCGGGUAGCGCCGUCCUGCUGCCGGGCCUGACGCAGGCCGGCUUCAGCGAUGGCAGUGGCGUCGUCACCACAGUGGGACCUUCCUCGCCCCCUGAUUUGCCAGCCUCCAGCCCCGCCAAGCAGCAGCUCCCUCAGUUCAGCGCCGCCUUUGGCCCGCAGCUCACCUCCCACAGUGGCAUCCCCAAGGACGUUCAGCCGACCCACAGCUCAAUAGCGCCCCCGACGGGCUUCUCAGUAACUGCGGCUGCUGCCGCGAUCACGAACAAUGUCACAGUUCCGUUUAGCGCUCCGCAGUGAGUCUCCUCGGGAUUGCUUUACGACGAGGCGCCUGUUCUUCAGCUUGUGAGCAACAGCCACACCUUUCUUCUGCAGUGUCUUGAGAGUUUUAGGGCUAUCGUCCAGUUUCUUUUUUCUACCUGCCUAACGGGUACAAUCCGUUCAGGAAGCUGGCUGAGAGAUGAAAGUUAACAUGUGGCUGGGCAGAGAUGUCAGUGUUACCUCUACCCUUACUAAUUUUUGUUCCUUACUGUUAUUAGGUCAUUUCACUCAUUGACUUGAAACCUCCUUGAUCCCCAGCCUACUCAUUCACCUCGCAUCUUCAAACAUUACAAUCUGUCUUUUAUAACAAUUGUCCUGAAAUUUCUUUCAACCAACAGAUCCAGGUCACACAGUAAACCCAGCAACUUGGAUUUAGCGGGCUUUUUCCAGUCUGUAUUCCUCACUCCCUGCUCCCCCCGCAUGCAUACAUACACACGCAUUUUCCCCCCUCACCCCCCAACAUUUACAAAUACCUCUCCUUCGCUGGCAUCUCUGUCACGGUCAACUUUUCCAACUGAAUUGAAGAUGAAACCUUGGGGGGGAAAUAUUGCGAGUGGACUCUGCCAACCCUUUACAGACAAUGUCGUUGCUCAUCCAGGUACUUUGCCAAGCAGCCGAGAAGAGUUCAGGUGACUUCCUUUCAAUGAUGCCAGGGCCUUGUGUGCUUUUUUGAAAAGGGGAAUUGGUGACACUCUUCCCCCUUCCUUUUCAGGGCUAAAAGAGCGUAAUACAUUCAGUUUGAGUAUAUUUUUUAUGUAAAUACAUUAGUACAUUUUAUGACAACAUUACUUAUCUAUAAAACCAUUAAUGGCGCACUGUUAAAUAUCAGACUCAAAGGUAGAUGUUUGGCUCAUUGAGGCUUUUCAUAUUUAAAAAAAAAACACAUGUAUACACGUGCGUGUGCGCGCACACACACACACACACACACACACACACAUAUAUAUAUAUAUAGAUUCUGGAUUAGAUCCCACGAUCUCUGCACAUACAUCCCCCAAAGUUGCUGAGAGAUUCUUGAGCGAGGUGGCAGAACUAAUUACAAAAUUUGCUAAAAUACAAUCCUGAAAUUUAUUCUAAAGUCUUCUAUGUGUGAACUACUAACAUGGGAAUCACUUCAGCCUGAGAGGCCAGUUCAGGGCACUUUUUUAAAGAUGGAACAAUUACACAGGCUUCUAGGUUCAAAGUGAUGCUUGGACGUUAUCCUGUCCACUAUCCAAGCAUCACAACUUUAUUUUUCUUACCCUUUCUCUGCCUUCUCUUCCCAAACUCACCCUCCCCUUCAAUCCCUGGGCUGCUAUUCUAGCCCACAGCACCAGCAGAGAUGUGUUUGUUGAGUGAGCAGAACCUGAUUAUUAACACCUUCAAAUCCAAUAUUCUUCAAGCUUGAACCAGUUUCCAUGAGACCCAAUUUAGCAAAGUCACAAGCUUAGCACCUGUCUUAAAUGUAAACAGUCACUUGUUUUACAGGUUGGUUGCUGAAUCUUUUGUUUCAUUUUCAUUUGGGCGUGGAGGGAAAAGGACGGCCUCCCCUUAUUUCUGGUGUUGAGAGAUGCUCUGAACCAUUUUAGGGCUGUUAGGGAAGGGAGGCCUAAUCUUUCUUCUGACUCUGUGACAGGUACACUCUGAACCUUUGUGAAGUAGGAAUCUCGUGAUCCUAAUCUGCAUCAAACCGCCUUAAGCAUGGGGAGUCCCAAUGGUUCCCCCCCUCAAACUGGUGUGGCACUUUUGACAGCUGACACUUUGGUGGUUGGUUCAUAUACAGCCUGAGAUUGCUCCUCCCUGGCUUCCAAUAACUGUUUAUUAUAUUACCCCAAGACCUGCAACACCAACAGGCACACUGCCUUUAUAUUGCACCACAGUGGUGUUUACUGCAGUGCACCCUGUGUCUUAAAAUGCCAAAUAUGUUCAAUUUUUAGAGAGUAAACUUUAUUUAUGACAGAAAAGGUCUGAAUGUGUAUAAAAUGUAUUCUACGGUGUGUACUUUUGUGCCACCUGUAGAGUUUUUAAAUGAUAUGCUUCAAUGAGGUUGCCCCAAUUUUAACAUUGUAAUUUCAUAUCCUGCCUCAGAGACACAUACAUAAUGUAUAUAAUGCACAAAAUUUAUCUAUUUACAUCUGAGAAUCUCUGCAAACUCUCUUUUGUGAUGACAGUACUGCUGGGAAUUUGAGUCCCUACCAUACACACUUGGUCCAAUUCCAAAGCACUAUAUCCUUGGAACUUUUCUGCUCUCCUGUGCUUUCUCACAAU